CGCGCGCGCAUAUGUGUGUGUGUGUGUGUAAGUGAGUGAGUGAGAGACAGAGCGCUCGCACAAGAGGCAGGGGGGGGGGCUGUUUUUGAGCGCUUACGCAUGUGUGUAACUGCGCGUGUGUCUAUAUGUAUGUGUGUGUGAGAGAGCGAGAGAGAGAGAGAGGGGGCUGCCAUUGAAUGCAUGCCUGAGAGAGGAGAGAGAGAGAGAGAGAGAGAGAGAGAGUAGGAGGAAGAGGAAGAGGGAGUCGACUGUGUUGAAUGUGUCAGAGGGAGAGAAAUCAAAAUUGCUUCCAUGAAAUCUGUGUGACUCAAACACAGAGCCCUCCUUGUAUCUGAGAGAGCAGGAGAAGGGGAGAGAGACAGAGAGGAGGGGGGAAACCAGAGGGCAGGAGAGGAAGAGAGAGAAGGAUUGAAGGAACAGAGGACUACAGAGAAUGAGAUUCUCAAGAGAAGACAUUCACCCUGAUUCCAGUCACUCAGGAAACCAAGGAGGAAGCCAGUGUUUCUUUUGUCGCGCUCAGUGUCGGCGGGGCCCAAACGCAGGAAGCGCCUAGGACGACACAGACAUUCGUAACACAGACAUACUCUUACACACACGCACACACACACUCAUACAGACAGAUACAGACACACACAUCGAAGCAACUUCUCUGUUUUGCCUGUGUGGAAACCAGGACAAAAUAACUGCCAGCAGUUUACAACCAUCCCAGAAUGAGAAGAGAAGAGUGAAACUUGGCGUCUACUGAGAUUACAGAGACAUUUAGGUCAUCUAACCUCACCAGCCUGUUGAGUGGGGCCAUUUGCACAGUGGCAGGCCUUGUGAAAUCCGGCCUGUGUGGUCUAACGGCACCCUGAAAAGAGGAGCAGGUGAACAUCAACCAAACCAAGGCCUGGUGAGCCCGGUGCUGCCCCUGGUGGACACACCAUGACAUCGCACGGCAAGCUGAAGAAGGAGAAGGGGGGGCUGGUGGAGUAUGAGAACCAGGUCAAAGAGGUGCGCAGUCAGCUGUCAGAGCAGAUGAAGGUGCUGGACGCGCAGCUGGAGCAGAAGACGCAGCAGUUGCAGGACGUGAGCGACUACCUGCGAAGACGGGGCGAGAUCGAGGCCGAGUACGCCCGCUCCCUGGACAAGCUGGCCGAGAGGUUCACCCUCAAGACCAAGAGGAAGGAGCAGUCGGACCAGUGUUCAGUGGUCCAGUGCUGGUCAGUUCUGCUAACACAGACCCGACAGGAGAGUCGUGACCACAGCGCUCUGAGCGAGACAUGCUGCAACACACUCACCCAGCGCCUCUCCCACUGCAUAGAGGACACACACCGCCUGGCCAAAAAGAGUAAAGAGGUUGGACAGCAAAUGCAGGAUGAUCUCCUGAGGGUUACCACUGAGUUACAGACGACUCUGAAGACGUAUUACCAGUACCACAUUGACUGCCUGGCUGCAGAGGGAAAGCUCAAGGAUGCCACGCGAUUGGAGGAGAAGUCAGGGAAAUCGGGUGACACGCUGGGCAUCGUCCAAUCAGUGGGCCAGAGACGGAGCUCGGUGAAGAAGAUGGAGCGGCUGAUGGAGAAGAGACAAGGUAAAGUACAGGAGACCCAGCUGAAGUGUACCAAGGCUCGUAAUGACUACCUGCUCCAACUUGCUGCGGCGAAUGCCUCCAUGAAUAAGUACUAUCUGCAAGACAUCUGCACACUGAUUGAUUGCACAGAUCUGGGGUACCAUCUGACGCUGACGCGGGUCAUGCGGGGGUUCCUGUCCCACCGGCACCGCAUGCAGCAGAACCUGAAGAAUGGGCUCCAGCAGCUGGACAGCGCUGUGACCGGACUGGACCAGGGCCAGGACCGCGAUGCUCUGCUGCAGGCCCACAACGCUGCCUUCUGCCUGCCUUUCCGCUUCCAGUACCAGCCCCACGAGGGGGACCAGGUGUGUGAGGUGAGUGCUGAGUGCCAGGUGAGAUACGAGUUGGAGACCAGAUUCCAGCAGCUUCAAUCAAGGCUCGCCUCCGUUACCUUGGAAACAGAAGAGAUUAGUAAGACACUGAAGGCUACCCACGCUGCCUUGGUGGAUAGCAUCUGUGAUGAUGACUGCAACCCGGCUCCCGAUUUGUCCUCUACCGUCUCUCUGGACACCACCGGCGACAGUGGUGGGACCAAACUCCCACUGGCCAAGCGUCGGGCCAAUCAGCAGGAGACAGAGACCUACUACUUCACAAAAGUCAAGGAGCACCUCAGUGGCAGCUCUCUGAUCUCCAAACUCCAAGUCAAACAUGACCUACUGAAGGAGGCCAUUCAGAAAGCGGAGGCCAUUGACAGCGACCCCUCAAGAAUGCCAUCUGGUAGGGCACUGCGUGUGCGGAAGGCCAGGCCAUGCUCCCAGUACAACCACAAACUCUUCUCUGGAGACAUGCUCUCCUUCAUCCAGAGUUCUGGACAGCAGAUCCCCCUGGUGGUGGAGAGCUGUAUUCGCUUCAUCAACCUCCACGGUUUGCACCAUGAAGGCAUUUUCAGAGUACCUGGCUCUCAAAGUGAGGUGAACCACAUUCGAGACGCUUUUGAGAGAGGUGAGGACCCUCUGACAGAUGGAGAGUGUGACAUUGACUCUGUGGCAGGCGUUCUCAAGCUCUACUUCAGGGGUCUGGAGAGGCCUCUCUUCCCCGAAGAGUUUUUCUCACAGCUGAUGGAGUGUGUCCAGAUUGAGAAUGUGACAGAGAGAGCCUCCCAGAUAAAGAGUGUGGUCUCCAGCUUCCCCCGGCAGAUUGUCAUCGUCAUGCGAUACCUCUUCGCCUUCCUGCAUCAUGUCUCCCAGUACAGUGAUGAGAACAUGAUGCAGCCCUACAACCUGGCGGUGUGCUUCGGGCCCAGCCUUCUGCGGGGAGCGGAGUCCGGUGACGCCGUCACUCUGCAGCCCCAGAUCAAUGCCCUGGUCAAGACCAUGAUCCUCCAGUACGAGAGCAUCUUCCCUGGGCCUGCCGAGCUCCCAGGGCCCAUCUACGAGAAGUGCAUGACCCUGGAACAAGAGUACUGUGAACCAAUUACUGAGGAAGGGGAAGGAGAGACUGAACAUCCCCACAGUGAGGAUGAAUGGGACGCGGUGGCCAUAUUUGAUUAUGCGGCGCGCUCUGCAGCUGAGCUGUCAUUCAAGCAGGGGGACCACCUCCAGCUGCACAGCAAGGCCUCUGCUGAUUGGUGGAGAGGAGAAGUGGGCGGGGUGAAAGGCCUUAUCCCCCACAAGUACAUCAAUGUAUCUGAAGGGGUGGAGAGGAGGCUGGAGAGGGGGAAGAGGGAUGAGAACAGAGGAGGGAGCACUGGGAACCUGGCAGCAGAGGAGCAGCAACUGGGCGAGCACAGCACGCGCAUGCGUGUGAACAGUGACAGUGCUUCUCUACCUGGGAGGCAGAGAGGAGUGGGAGUGGGGGGGGUGGGAGUCGGAGUCGGGGGAGUCGGAGUCUUGAGUGGCGGGAGCGGCAGUCCCGUGCGCAAGCUCACCCUGCAGGUGCCCGAGGGUGCCCGUCUGAUCCAGCUGCCCCAGUCACCUGGCAUCGUCCGCCAACACUCAGGGAAUCAGGAGCGCAGACACACACUGGACAGUGUGCGGGCAAUGCCUGGCGGAGCAGAGAAGCAGCCUAUACAGGUAGACAAGGAUGUCAGUCGUCAGAUGGACUCUGUCUUUAAGGAGCUCCUCUUGCGCCAGCCUCCCCUGAACCCCUCUGCGGCGACGGCCCCCUCUACCCCCACGUCUUCAGCCGCCUCCACCCCGGCGUCCACCUCCUCUCCGCCCCCUGCACCCCGCCCGGCCCCCAAGAAGCCCGUCUUCGGCCUCAUGAGCCGGCGCUGACCGCCUGGCACACAGAUGGAGGAGGCGGCUAAGUGGAGGCGCCCGAAAAGCAGAACAUCAACUUGGAGUGAGAGAGAGAGAGAGAGAUAGAGAGAGAGAAAGAAAGAGUGAGAGGGAGAGUACUAAAUCAAUCGUCUGUUUUCAUUUUGGACGAGGGAUGCCUAUAGUCCUUCAUGGCGUUGUAACAGAAGAAUUGAGAAGAUAUAUUUUUCCAACUCAUACAAUAUAUUAUAGUCUUACGAUAUAUGGUCUGUUGAUUUGCCCCCACAUUGUACAUCCGUUACAGUGCAGUUCCGUGGAGUGUCUGAUGUGUUUUGUUGUAGUUGUAGUGCCGUCAUACAUAAGUGAGGCGUCCACUUGAGCCAAGGGCGCACUCAAACAGGUUAGUUCACCCUGCCCCAACAAACGCCAACAAACACCAAUAAACUCCAGGAACUAGCAGCCAUUGGUUGUUCUUGGAUCAGUGUGUUAUGCUGUUACUGUGAAGCAAAGAUGCCAAAGUGUGGAGCUUCAUGGCACUGUAUGAUCUUAAGUGUGAUGGAAAUUUAAAAGUUUUUUAUUUUUUAUUUGCAAACAUUCUUAAAUUCAAACAUUUUUUUUUUAUUUAAAAAAAAAAAAAAAACUCAAUGUUGUGAAUGUUUGGGUUUGUUCGAGUUUGUUUGGCCAGUGUGAGAGAGCUUUAAGUCCAGUUUGAGGGUCCAAACUAAGGGCUCAACCUGUUGAUCAGAAUUGUGUACAUGCUUGCGUUUUUAGACAAAUAAAUUGACAUCUGUGUUGAACGCACCGGAGGCCUGGUGAACGUCUCUCAACCACAUAAAGAGGAAGUAAGGCUUUUGUGGUGCGCUGUGGGUCACAGUUGAUAUUACAGUGACCUUUCCCCGAGCAGUGAUUUAGAUUUCACUUUUUUUUUCAAACCAAAAUAUUUCUCUCCUCGUCUUCAGUUAACAAGUUAAUGGUUUUUUCAAAAUGUACUUUUUGACUGCUGCCAAUCUUUUUAGUUUCAGCCUAAGUCUCUGUGUUUCUGUUCAAAGCCAUGGUUUUGUCUGUUGUUGCAAUGGAACUUGUUUGACCAAAUGUUCUGUUUAUGUCACGGCUUGUGUUAGCAGUGAAGCGGAAGAGAAAGGGCGACAUUUAUUAGUUAGGGACCUAAUUUAGAUAACAGGCAAAGUGCAAAGUCAGUCAAUGAACAAAUGGUCUCCUUCAUAAGGCUAUAGGGAGGGCUUUGAGCUGACCCACUGAUGUUUGUGCUUAGGGUCUUGCUUCUAUUUGCUCCUAAAUUUGCAAAUAGAUUUUGUGCAGUUUUUAGAUUAGCUUUAGUUGGACGUGAGACUUUGCACUUUGCCCUUCAUUUGAAACAGGGCCCUUACUCUCAGGCACUAAACAACCGUCAGUAUAUUGACAUCACCAUCAUAUUUUACACACAUCUGGUUUACAUGCCUAUUUAGUCUACUGGCUGUUAUUUAGAUCAAUAAUGCAGUUGUAUUGCACUGUCUUGCUUUUGUGUUACGUUCUUACGUUACGUUAGAACCGCCUGUAGGACAAGCCCAAGGCAGUGAUUCUAUAUUUGUUAUCGGAGAGGUAUUGGAAACAACCAUGUUUCUUAGAUCCUCAACUUUCAUUCUUGUGAGGAGAAAAUGCACCUUCAGUAAGCAUGCUCUUAGGUGCCACAGACAGACAGAUAGAUACACACACUUAGACACACUCAGACACACACACACACACACACACACACACACACACACACAAGUCUAGUGGAAAGAAGUCUCGCACUGGAACAGGUGAAGACUUAAAAUAAGUGCCAUGGCCACACAUUCCCUGCCCGGCUCUGUGUAACAUUUUCUCUCUGUCACGAAUGAAAGCUGGAAAGGCAGGCAAGGCAACUGUGAAGACAAGCAUGAACAAACCUCGCCCCAGUGGGUACACAUCAGUGGAGCGGGGGCGGGAGCGUGGGGGUCUGUGGGCUUACUCUGCCAUGUAAAGAGAUUCAUAGAGGGACUAGUAAAGAAGAAAUGACCAAACUGUGAAACAGGAACAGGAAGCGCAGGGUCCCUCUCACUUCCUGUUGCUCCUCGAUGCACAAAUGUCACAGACACGCCUAGGUACCCACUCUGAUCCUUUCCUUCGCAACACGCUCUCUGUUUGAUGAUGUCACUGGAUUCAUUGUUGUUUCAAUCAUAGUACUGAAUUAAUAAAUGAUAUAGAUUCUA